UCGUUUCCGCAGCAUUGCCGCCGCCGCUCCAUGGUUCGCCUUUGGCUCUCUGUGACCCUCCUAUCGGUGGUGCUGGCUUGCGCCGGCCACGCCCACGGCUACGAGGUGCCAGAGGCCCGUGUGCGUGUGUUCUAUCCCAAGGGAUUCGAGGUCUCCAUACCGGAUGCGGAGGGCAUCUCGCUGUUCGCCUUCCAUGGCAAGCUGAACGAGGAGUUUGAUGGCCUGGAGGCGGGUCGCUGGUCCCGCGACAUACCCAAAGCGAAACGUGGACGUUGGACUUUCCGGGAUCGUGAGACGGUGCUGAAUCUGGGUGAUACCCUGUACUUCUGGACCUAUGUGGUGUACAAUGGACUGGGCUAUCGGCAGGAUGACGGCGCAUUUGUGGUGUCCGUUUAUGAUAAUCAAAGAAAUUAGCGGCAGAAUCUGUGGAAUUGGCGAAAACAAAGAAAUAAUCAAAAACAAAGCUGAUCAAUGGUGCGGGAGCUCGACCUGCCAGCAGCUGAAAAAUUAUUAAAUUUAACUGAGAUUCUCUGUAAAUUACACUGUGCAACAAAUGGCAAAGUUUUGAAUGUACUUUGCACGAGAAAAAAUUAGGUUGUAGGCCCGAAUCCGUAGAUCACUUUCCUAUCUAUAAAA